AUCAGCAUGAAGGUGUUCCUAGCUAUCCUGGCUCUGGCCGUGGCUUCGGCCUCCGCCUUCGACGAGAAGGUCUUCGUCAAGAACCUGCCCAAGACCACCAAGAUUAAGGGCCGUGUCACCAACGGAUACGCCGCCGAGGGCAAGGCUCCCUACACUGUGGGUCUUGGCUUCAGCGGAGGCUGGUGGUGCGGUGGCUCCAUCAUCGCCCACGACUGGGUCCUGACUGCCGAGCACUGCAUCGGAGAUGCCGCUACCGUGAUCGUUUACUUCGGUGCCACCUGGCGCACCAACGCCCAGUUCACCCACACCGUCGGCAACGGCAACUUCAUCAAGCACCCCAACGCUGAUAUUGCCCUGAUCCGCAUCCCCCACGUCGACUUCUGGCACAUGGUGAACAAGGUUGAGCUCCCCAGCUACAACGACCGUUACAACAACUACAACGAAUGGUGGGCCGUCGCUUGCGGAUGGGGUGGCACCUACGAUGGCAGCCCACUGCCCGACUGGCUGCAGUGCGUCGACGUCCAGAUCGUCCACAACGAAGAGUGCGGCUGGACCUACGGCAGCGUUGGCGACAACGUCAUCUGCACCCGCACCGUCGACGGCAAGUCCAUCUGCCAAGGUGACUCUGGCGGUCCCCUGGUCACACACGACGGCUCCAAGCUGGUGGGAGUUAGCAACUUCGUCUCCUCCAACGGCUGCCAGUCGGGUGCUCCUGCUGGAUUCCAGCGCGUCACCUACCACUUGGACUGGAUCCGCGACCACACUGGCAUCUCUUACUAAUUUUUCUAAAUAAAUCGAUCAUUUUAAAAGCAA